UAGUCAGGCCUCUCAGCAGACAGAAGUGAUUGAAGUUGACUGAAGCAGAUGUACAAAAUAUCUUGUAAACAUGCACAUAUAACAGCCACUGGAGUUAGACGUCCAUAUGUUUGUUUUUUAUUCUCCAUGGGACUGUGUGAUUAAACUUUAGAGGGAAACAUGAUGUAGUCUGGAUUGAAAAAUUCAAGCUUUGGGACACAGAUGUUCAUAUUAAAGUUAAACUAAGAAAUGACCUGGUGCAGAGUGUUUUUGUAACUGGCAACCAUUGAAUUAUUCAGUGUGCAUUGUCUGUUAACAUCUCAGGAAUUACGUGAGACAAACAAAUAACCAUGAAUGUUAGAAUACAAGGCCAUGGGAAAUGGUAUCUAAAUUUACCAGGAGUUUAAGACUCUGGCUAUUGGAAACAGGGUAUGAAAGGAAUCUCAUCAGAGAAGAAGAUGUUGCAGCAGAUAAGCUGGGCACUUGCAGGCUGCUGCAUUCUGUUUCCAAUACUCACCUCCACAGCAGUCUAUAAAGAUUGUAAACACUUCUUCAAUAGUACAACUUUAAAUAAGAGUGGGACGUUUAAUUCUACUGCAUGGCCUGGCCUAUACCCUAUCAAUACUCACUGUAUGUACUACUUCAUCGGUCUCCAUAAUGAAAGAGUCGAGUUGAACAUCACAGAUUUCCAGCUACAAGGAGUUUACCCCCAGUGUCAGUUUGAUUACCUGGAUGUUUAUGCUCAGAUGAUAACCACUGAAUCAGAGGCCCAGAUCUCCUCCCCUUUGUUGGGGAGGUUUUGUGGAGACAGGAUGGACAUUCUACCCACACGUAUUAUUUCCACCUCCAACAUCAUCCUGAUUGACUUUCACUCUGAUGGUCACAGAUCUGCACGAGGAUUCUACGGCUCCUUUAGAUUCAUUGAUUCAUCAAUCUAUGAAGUAGGAACCAAAUCACCUAGCCAUUACUGUAGCUACACUAUCAAAAGUGUGUACGAAAAGACUGGAAAUAUCAUCUCUCCUACAUACCCUGGAGUAUAUCCAGACAAUCUAAAUUGCUCAUACAGCUUACAUGGAGCUGCAGGGGAGAGAAUCCAGAUCAAAUUUAAUGACUUUUCUCUUUUUCAUGGUGGUGAUUAUUGUCCAUAUGAUUCCCUCACUGUUUAUGAUGGACCCAACAGACAGGCCCCUGUCCUAUACAAGUUCUGUGGUGAACACAGUACUGUGACUUUUUACUCCUCAGGAGAGCACCUGUUUAUGGAGUUUAUUACCAGAGCGGGGCGGAUGGGGGCCAUGGCUGAUCCAUACCAUACCAACGUAGAUUAUAAAUUCAGUAGAAGAGGCUUCAAUGUGUCUUUUCAUUUUAUAAAAGAUAUUGUGAAAAUAGAUAAAACGAUGGAGUCUCAGAAUAUGUAUCAUAUCAGAGGUACAGCUUGUGAUAUGCGGAUAAUCAGCAAUAAUUCCAGAAACGGAACCAUAAAGUCUCCUGGCUACCCACGAAAAUUUCCUGUCAACAUUACCUGUGUUUAUUACAUUGAUGGUCUAUACAACCAGGAAAGACUGGAAAAAGUUAAGAUCAAGUUCACCGACUUCUCCAUUCCUGGCAGUAUGCCAGACUGUAAUUUGGGAUAUGUAGCUGUUGAUGAGGAGGGAAGAGAAGACUCCAGGGUGUUUAAGGAACGUUAUUGUGGACCAUAUUUACCCCCUGACACCAGCAGUAAAAGGUCACGAUUAGUCCUCAUAUUCAACACUGACAAUGCCCGCGAAGGCAGAGGAUUCAGUGCCUACUAUGAGUUCAUACCAGAUUAUGGUAUCCCAGGAGAGAAUGUUGAGGAGGGGAAGUGUACAUACCUGUAUGACAGCAAAGACACCAAAUCUGGGACAUUUAACUCACCACACCACCCUCUCCGUUACCCUGACAAUACACACUGUAGAUAUAUAUUCCGUCCAGAGGCUGGCCAGCAAAUCCUCAUCUCAUUUUAUACCUUUUUCUUGGGAGAUAAAGAUACGGCAUGUGAAAACAACGACUAUCUGGAGAUAUUUCAUUCUGGUAGAAGUGUUGGAGAAAAGUAUUCUGUGAAGCACUGUGGUAGACAAUUUCCUGGCCCCAUUCUCGCUGAAAAGCAACUAGAAAUCAAAUUUAUUUCAAGGUGGAAUUCCAGAAACAGUACAGGAUUUGAAGCCAGAUAUGAGUUUGUUCAUCCAGACUCUCUGAAUACAAAUUGUGGAGGUAAAAUAAUAAGCCCUGGUACAGGAGGCAUAAUAGUGAGUCCAGGAUUCCCAGAAAAAUACCAAAGCAGGACCUACUGUCGGUGGACCAUCAAAGCCAGCUCUCCUUUUAAUGAUAUUCUUGUCUAUUUCUACGUCUUUCACACAGAGGGUACAGUUUCAAGAGAUGAAUUAACCACGUCUAAUUAUGGAUGCCAAAAUGCAGUAUUAAGAUUAUAUAGAGGGAACGCCCGAUAUCCCACACAGUAUGUCGAGCCACCUGAAGAGAAGUGUGGGCAGUUGAAUGGAGAGCCUUUUUUGUCUCACAAUGAUACGUUUGAAUUAGAAUUUCUAACUUCCAGUAGAGCCCUUGGUGCCAAAGGAUUCAAAAUCACCUGGACAGAAGUACAUAAAGAAGGAGUCAGCUGUGAUUUCUUCCGUUGCUCAAAAAGUGAGUACUGCAUUCACACUGAACUGGCAUGUAACCAGGUCCCUAACUGUGGAAGUGGAGAUAACUCUGAUGAAGAAGAAGGCUGUCCAACGCCUUUCCCCAAAAGAGGGGAAUCCUCAGCAGGUCCAACUGUAUCAAAAUUUGACAUUUUACACAUAGCCAUUGGAGCCUCGAUAUCAUCAUUUUUCUGUAUUGUGUUGGUGAUCUGUGGACUUUAUCACAGACGAAGACUCACUCCAGAACAAAUGCGACGAAGGCGUUGUGAGACUCCGCCGGAACAGGACACUGUGGAGGUUCGUUAUGUGGCGGCAGAUUCUUCCUGUAACACAACAGACCGCCUACUGCAGUUGGAACAUGUGGCACUGAACGGAGAGAAUGGCAAGACUUCAGUUUCACAUUCAUUUCAUUCACCCAGUGAAAGCAAAAAGCAUUUAGCUGGUUCUCCAGUGACAACACCUAGUGCCACUCCACCUCCCUUCAAAGUUAAUAAACCCCACAUUGGAGGUGAUCAGGAUAUUAAGACAGUGGACUCUGCUGUGAAUCACAAACCCCGUAUUCCCCAGAUACAGAAAGUUUCCAUAGUAUAGAACUCCCUCAGGAUCUCAUUAAAAGAGUAGAUCUCUACUGACCUACAGUGUGUUCAGUUUACAUAGAAAGCAUUGUCAUAUCAUUUUCAUAUGUAUUCACAAGUAUGCUUGUGCUGUUUUGCAUGUAUGUUGAAUAGAAAUUGAACAGUGAUUUAGAUGUGAAUUCAUACCACUUAUUUUUGAUUUGUAUGUAAAAUACCAAUGUGACUUGUGAAAAUGAAUUAAGUUGGAAUGCAGAUACAUUACAAAAAGUGUGAUAUGGUUCCUAGGGGUAUGAGUAUUUGAUUUGUCAGAAUACCUAGGCCAAUUAUAAUAUUCAGAAGAAUUUUUUUUAUUUGUUAGAUGUGUCAAUAUUCUGAAGAUUGCAUUUAGUGGCAAAGAUAUAAAAUGUUUGCAAAUGCAACCACACUUUUAUUCAUGUUACUUCAUUCAUUGAAAAUGUGUUCUGGAUGCAGGGAAAUACUUUAAAGGAGACACUGAUUUUCCCAGCUCUCAAACAUUAAAGAAAAUGUGUCUUUAUAGACUUCCCCAUAGAUUUAAACAGCGCAUUGCCAAAGCUUUAUUUUAAUUAAAUGAGAUUAUUGCAACCAUUCAUUUCUUCAAAAAUAUUAAAUUCAUAAAAGAAAUGGCAGCAGAAUUUCAAAUAACAUGUACACAAGAGUUUCUAUAUAUUCCCUGCAGUUUUACUAAAGGUCAGCAGAAGAUUUGUGAUUAGGAUUUAAAUUUAUGCAAUGAUGAAAAUUGCACUAAAUAGCAAAUUAACCCUUCAGAAAUUUCCAACAAAAAUGAAAGCUUUCCAUGCACAAAACAGAAAUUAAAUAUUUGGAGAUGGAACAUUUUUUUUAAAUGUUCCAAAAUACCUUUUAGGCAAAGGCUUAGGCGAGUUUUCUAAUUGCAUUUGUCCGUCAUUAUUCUGCAUCUGUUAAGAUCAUUUUUCAUUUUAAUUUGACAAGUAUUAACCAAAAUUGGCUCAAAGAUUAUUCUGCAUAGUUAUUGGUCAUAUAGAGAGAUUAUUCUGGUGAGCAUUGUGGUCAAUAGCCUGUUGUUUUGAAAUGGUGUCACAAAAUUAUUGACUUGGCUUUAUACAUGUAUGUUUAUUUCAUGAGAAAAAAUUAAAAUUGUGUUCUAAUGUUUAAAAAUACACAAAAGCAAGAUGUUUGAUCAAAACAAAAAAAAAACUAUAGUCAAAAAUUUCAAUUUAUUAGGCAUUGCUCAUCUUACCCACAAGCUGUAAUGCAGUAUCGUCUACCGUGGCGGUGCAUUUGAUAUUUUUUCCCCUAAGGGGGGCCUUAAAUGAAAAGGAGGUAGUAAAAGGUAAAUCUAGAGUAAGGUCAAUUAAAGUUUUUCUCAAGAGCCACUGGACCAGGAAAGACAGAAUUUACAUGAGAGCCUGCAUACAUAAUUUUGAAAAGCAUCCCUCUUUCUUGCGGGCCUGGAAUGGGGCCAUUGUAGUGGGAUCGAAUAUCUUGGAAUAACUUGAAAAAUCUCAGUAAUGUUAAAUCAAGGUUUCGUGGGGAAAAAGUUUGACUCAAUUCUGUUGUUCACAAAAUAUUAAAAAAAAUAUAAAUGACAAAAGAUAGGGAGUAUGUUGACAAAAAAGUGUGCAUGAUUGGGAUGAUUGUUAAGGCCAAUGCACUUUUCUUAACGUAAUUAAUGUAACAUUUUGAAGUUUGAUAACCAUUGUUAUAAUGUUAUAUUUUAAAGAGGUGAUUUAUAAUGAAAAUUUGAAGUAUUAAAAAUCAUAGUGUUUUGAUA